AACAUUAGUUAGCUAGCUCAUUGUGGAAAUGUAGACCAUAGGUUUAAUAAAAAACAAUAAAUAUAUAUAGGCUAAUACCUGCAAUUUCUCUGACAGUUGGGCUUUCAGUAUUAAUAUUAAUGAUUUAAUAUUAAAACAACACAUUACAGUUGUGUGCUCACCUCAGCUCCUGUCGGUCCGGAUAUGAAGAGUCUGGACUAUAAAGUCUUCUUGAAGAGUUUCAGCUCCUCCAGUCUGCUGGAGAGGAUGAACAGGAUCACACGCACAGAGGAGGAUGCAGGAGAGGAAACAAAGUAACAGUUUGAGGAACUACGAUGUUUGUCAGUGGAGAUGCUGCAGAAACAAAGUAACAGUUUGAAGAGAUAUGAUGUUUCUGAGUGGAGAUGAUGAUGAUGAUGCAGGACUCGUUGGACUCCAGUGAUCCGUACAGCAGACCAGCUCGGAGGACACAAUGGGUCGUCAGCUCUCUGGCCUACCACUACGGACUGGACCGGGGGGUGGAGAACGAGAUCAUAGUCCUGGCUACCGGACUGGACCAGUACCUGCAGGAGAUCUUCCAUCACAUGGACUACCAGGGAGGAGGCAAGAUCUCCGUGGAGGACUUUAACAUCCUGUGUGAGGUCCUGGGACUAAACAAAGACUCUGAUGAGGACGCAGAGUGCUCCGGGGUUCUGGAGAACUUACCCAGCGAGCUCACCUUCAGAUGCUUCCACGCCAAACUGUGCGGGUUCUUCAGCACCAAGGCGGGCUGUCAGUACGAGACCGGCCGGCUGCUGGUGGAGAGGGACAGCGAGCACAUCGAGACUCAGAUCCGCCUGAGGAGCCCUCUGAGGCGGCGCAGAGAGACGCUGCUGUCGGUCGGUUCCUCCGGGUCCGGCUGCAGGUCCGGGUCCGGCUGCAGGCUCGGAUCCGGCUGCAGGCUCGGGUCCUGCACCAAGGAGUGCUAUGAGGAGAUAGUGGCUCUGGAAGAAGCAGAGGACCGAGUCCUGAAGCUGGAGGACGAGAACGCCAGUCUGAGGGAGCUGAUCGAGGACAUGAGAGCAGCUCUGCAGAGCAGCGAUGCUCGAUGUCUGGCUCUGCAGGUAGGACUAUGGAAGAGCCACUCCAAACAUAAACCAGAGGACGGCUGUCUGGCUGUCCACCAGAAACAAGCGGCCCAGAAGAGUUUGAGCAACCUGCAGAGCAGCACCUACAGCAACCUGAAGAGCCUGCAGACCAUCAUCCACGAGAUCGAGCUGCUGCGGAGCUCCAGAGACCUGCAGGUAGAGGAAGCCAUGCUGUGUAACGAGAGACUGGAGCAGGAGCUGUGGAGCUCUAAAGAGACUGUGGCCGCUCUGGAGGACUGUAACCGAGCCCUGAAGAGGGAGCAGGUGGGCAUGAGGAGGAAGGUGGAGGAGGCCAGGCAGGCGCUGCUCAGCGGCCUGGGUAAGGUGAAGGAACUGGAGGCCAAGGCCAACCAUGUGCCGGCGCUGCAGAGGCACAUCCUCCAGCUGGAGUCGGAGCUCCUCUACUACAGGUCGGAGGUGUCUAAACUACAACUCCCAGGCAGCACCAGGGCAGAGCAGCAGCAGCAGCUGAGCGUCGGCAGCAGCAGGCCGAGCCAGAGAUGUUGCUCGGACUCCCAACAUGACCGAUGUUCUCCGACAGGGCGAGCUGUGACGACGCCGGAUAAGAUGGAGGAGCAGCUGUUUCGUUCGGUGGAAGGCCAGGCAGCGUCUGACGAGGAAGAUGAUAAGUGGACCGAAGAUCAGCAGAGGCAGGUGGACGAGGUGAAGAGGAUCUUAGCGAGGCUGUCCUGCUGUGGGGAAAGGUGCGACGACAAGGCGUUCAAGAAGCUGAUGUCUAACUACGGGAGCUCGAGGAGCGAGGAGAGCUGCGGCGCUGUGCUGGAGCUCCUGGAGAGGGUGACCAGGCUGCACAAGCAGCUGGAGCUGAAGGAGAGCCGGGCAGAGAUCGACAUGGACCAGAUGAAGGACUCUCUGGUGCAGGAGCUGCAGCAGAAGGCCGAGGAGACGGAGCUGCUUCAGAUGGAGCUGCAGAUGCUGGAGACCGAGAGGGUUCGUCUGUCGCUGGUGGAGGAGAAACUAGUGGACAUCCUGCAGCUCCUCCAGCAGCUCAGAGACCUGAACGUCUCGCGGAGGUCUCUCGGGAAAAUCUUGCUCAGCACUUUGGGGUCCUGCAGCGACCCGCAACACGGGAAAGCCCACAUUCUGGAGGUGCUCAACGCGCUCUAUCAUGAACUGGCUGCCUGUGAGAUUCUGUCGACCGGUGGACCUCUGGAGCGAACACAGAGUCAGCAGUCUCUGAACGCCCUCAUCAUCUCCUGCUAAUCCAGACUGCCUCCUGCUGGGCCAGCGAUGCUCCUACAGCAUUUCUAGAGAACACUGAAAGCUCAACAGUGGUCAAAAAAAUGUGUAUAGUGUAUUAUAUUGUAGCUUACAUACUCCUCAGACCCUAUUAUCUAUACAGGGAUAUUAGUCUAGACCAGGGGUCAGCAACCUUUACUAUCAAAAGAGACAUUUUAGGCAAAGAAAAACAAAAAUGUCUGUCUGGAGCUGCAAAACAUGUGAUCAUUGUGAUGAAGGUAACACAGUUUAUAGU